AUGUCGAGUCUGAAUAGCUUUGCCGCAACCACCACGACAAGAUACAAAUCGCCUAUUCCUCCGAACGUCGAGAUUGCCAAAACAAAGCCUGCAUUCGCUCAGAUCCAAAACGCCAACAUAGGAUCACUUGUCGGCCCCGAAAACGGCGGGUACUAUCUCAAGUAUCCGGAGGGCAAGGUCGUAGCAAUCGCUUCUGAUCGCCUCUGUUCUGUUAUGGACGACUCCUAUAUGGUGCUCUAUUUUAAUCUCGAGAGGCAAGGCCUACACGAAGAGGCUGAAGAAACAAUGGAGGACUUACGGAAAGCUGGGAUUGAUGCGGAUCGGCUUAAGAGAGACGCAAGCGAUGCGAUUAAGGGCGGUGCAUGUGUUAUAGACCCUGAUGUCGGAGCAAUAUCUACCAGUUAA